UAGAUAUGAAAAAUUUGUUACGAUAUGUUUUAGGCUCUAAAUUUAACGUAGUGGCAGCACAAAAAUUCUAAAUUUAUUUCUUUUCACCUGGCAACAUUAUAGUUUUGGUUGUCAAAUUAUUGAUUUUCAUAUCGUCUUUCUAGCAGCGUCAGUGCAGACAUUGAAGCAAAGAAAUUUACUGCGGAGAAAAUAUAAUUAGUAGUUUUGAGUAGCGCGUUAUAUUAAAUUUAAAAAUUAAGGAAACAAUGGCCGGACGUAAUGAAUGCCGUAUAUAUGUUGGAAACCUUCCACCGGAUAUCCGUACUAAAGAUAUUCAAGAUUUGUUUCACAAAUUUGGCAAAGUUACUUUUGUUGACUUGAAAAACCGGCGUGGUCCGCCAUUUGCAUUUGUAGAGUUCGAAGAUGCGCGUGAUGCUGAUGAUGCGGUAAAAGCUCGUGACGGUUAUGAUUAUGAUGGUUAUCGUCUACGCGUAGAAUUUCCUCGCGGUGGUGGUCCUGGUAGUUAUCGGGGCAAUCGUAACGAUAGAAACAAUGAUCGCGGUCGUGGUGGUGGCGGUGGACGUGGUCCACCAACCAAACGCUCUCAGUAUCGUGUAAUGGUAACUGGUCUACCACCAUCUGGUUCCUGGCAGGAUUUGAAAGAUCAUAUGCGUGAAGCUGGUGAUGUUUGCUUUGCAGACACUUAUAAAGAUGGAACAGGUGUUGUUGAGUUCCUACGUUUGGAAGAUAUGAAGUACGCUAUUAAAAAGUUGGACGAUUCGCGUUUUCGGUCUCACGAGGGUGAAGUUUCCUACAUACGUGUUCGUGAGGAUAGUAAUGACGGAGAACGUGGUGGCGGUCGUUUUGAUUAUCGUGACAGAUCACGUUCACGUUCGUUUUCGCCACGUGCACGUCGCCGUGGAACUCCAACCUACUCACCAGUCCGUCGGGCAUCCUAUUCCAGGUCUCGUUCUCGUUCUAGGUCUAACUUUUAAGAAUACAAGAAACCAAACAAUUUCCCACACGUAAAUUAAAAAUAACCAAAAUUUUAUCAAACUGCAGAAGCAAAAGACAAUUUUAAAAAUUCACUUAACGCAAUCUUUUUGCCGAAAGUACAAUUAAUUAAUUAAAAAAAAAAAAGAAACAAAACCUUUUCAAUUUUAGCAUAUAAAUUGUUUAAUUAAACAUUACAAAUGACCAAAUGUUUUAACAAAGAUAUUCAAAUAUAAAAUGUUAAUGGCAUCUAACAGUGUGGUUUUUUCCUACUUAUUUAACCACAAAAAAAAAACAAUAACUUUUUCUAAUAAAAGUCAGCAGUUUUACACUCUAAA